AUGUUACGCAGAUAUGCGCUCGAAGAAAUUGAUUUUAAUUCGAUUCAAAGUGAUUGUGAAAGCAAGGAAAAAUUGAGAAGAACGUUUGACAAACUCAUCGAUUUGAUUAUUCGUGUGACUUUAUUAGCUCGUGAUAAUAUUUCGACGCCCGAUAUGUUAGGAGUGUCCGCAUCUGAGGUUGCUCGUGGUAAAGAUAGUUCAAAAGUAUCUGGCUCUGCUGUCGUCGCUGCAAAUUCUGCAGUUGACUUUGACAAUGAAGAGACAGAAGAUUUCUUAUCUCCAGAAGCUCAAACGAUUGUUACGGCAUCGUGGCUAACAAUGAAAGAAGUCGGUUUGCUUGUCGGUGCAUUGUCCUCGAAAACAAAGCACACAGAUCUUCUUUCCGGCGACGCGCUAAAACAUUUGGGUGAGCAUCUCAUAUCGGUGAUGCUCGAGGUCAAACACGCCGGUGCAAUAGACAAAACACGCAUUGGUCUCACCACGCUAUGUGAGCGCCUCCUCGAUGAUUACGAUGUUGCGGAGAGGAAUCUUUCAGCUUUGCCUAUGCGCUGGCUUACGAUUUUGUUGAAUGAAGAAAUUGUGAACAAAGCAAAAUUAAGCAUGAAAGAUCGCGUUCGCCGCUCUGCAGGUAUUCCUUUCGCGUUCUUAGCUCUUCUUCUUUCAGAAAAGAGUUCGUCAAUGCGACCAAUGCUGAAAUACGCCAUUGAGGAACUUUUUAAGGUACUUCAGUUAGAACGGGAAGAUGACGAAGAGUUAUUUUCUACUCAAAUACACGCAUUUAACGUUCUUCGCGUCAUAUUUAAAGAUCGAGAUUUAUCUCUUGCAACGAGUAUUUAUGCUGCUCAAGGAGCGGAGCUAUGUAUUAAUGGAAUGGGCGCCACGCCGCAAUGGGAGGUUCGAAACGCUGCGACACUUUGCUUCUCAUCGCUCGUUCAGAAGUUGACGGGGAUAGCGAAUGCAGAUUAUGAAAUUACAAGCAUCAAGUCUCAGUCGAAAGCACUGCACGCGAAUGAUUUCUUCACAAAGUAUCCAAGCUUGCACGCUUUUUUCGACCGCGAACUGGAGCUUUCGGCAAUAGACGAGGGAGAUGAAACGUGUGAAGUGGAGAUUCGUCCGUCUUUAAAUGCGAUUUUAGCCAUUUUGACGCGAUUGAAGGUGAAUACUAAUUAUGAAGGAUUAGGAAACGGUGUUGGAGAUGGUGGUCCUUCUGUAUCAUCAGCACUCGAUCCUUCCUCAUUUGUACCGCACUUAGAAGCAUGUUCGACGUCAAAGUAUAUGUCGAUACGUGAUAGAUGUGCUACGGCCAUUGCAAUUGUUGCUCGUCCAUUUGAACGUUCGCGAAUUUUGACGCAGGCGCUGGAUGAAGCAACUUACUCAGAGAGAUAUUCGAAUCGCACGCACGGUGCUUUAUUGAGAGUAAAGAGCGUUCUCAGGAUAAUUAUGGACGAAUCGUGCGAUCGUAGUAGUGCCCGUAAAGCGUGCGAUGAGUUUACAGAAGAAAUAACCCGUUGUGCCUUACGUGGACUUUUACAGUCCAGCCAUCUUUUAAAAAAGAUGGAUAAGAAUGGUGACCCAAUUGUACCAGCGUUACUCGCUUCCACGUGGCUUGAGUGUGCAAUAGUAACGUUACAGUUGAGCGAUGUCUUACUAUCGUGCGCAUCUUCUCCUUCUCUCUCAUCGUCUCGUCUCGCAUCGAUGUCCUCGGCGCUUUUAGAAAUCGUGGAUGUGAACACAUCAAGCGUGGAUGCCCUCCGAGGUCAACUCGAUCAAAGAUACUCGAGUGAGCCAGGACUAAGUGAUCUUACUUCGUUGAUAUCUAGACGACUCGUGGAGUGGAGCAUCAUAAACGGAAAUGAUCUUUCUACCGUUUCUAGAGUAUUGACUGACGAUGGAGUCCCGUACGAAGGAAAGGAGGCAAUUAUGGAGACUUUGUUGGCUUGCGUGCUCGCAGACGAAAUUUCAGAUGUGGAUGCGUGCACUCUGAGUUCGUGUAUCUGGAACUAUUUACACCGCAUGACUUCUAGCUUCGACGGGGUUGUGCGCGACUGCGAGGGCUCGUACGCGUCUUUGAAACUUGCCUUGCAGCUCCUCGCGAGAUUGGAUCAAACAGGCGCGACCCAUUCAGAGCAUUUGAAUACGCUUUGUGCUUUAUCACAGCGUGUGCGUAACGAAGAAUGCAGAGUAGAAGCAAUGCGAACUUGGGGUGUUUUGCUAUCAGUGAGCGAAAAUGGGAGUGACAUUGCUGAGAAUGCAUACGAGUUUGUCACUCUGCUGGAUCGGGAAACUAUGGAUUGGCAAUCUGCGUCUACGGACGUUCGUCUCGCCGCAGCAGAUGCAUUACACAAUUCUGGGAUAUUAAAGUAUGUCUUUAAAAACGGGGAAAAAGAAGGUUUAAAAUCUUUAUUUGUUAAUGAUGAAGCGCAUACGAAACUAGUUAAAAUUAGUUUCCUGAUUUUAGAGGAUGAAGAUGACGAAGUUCGCAGGUCGGCGUGCGUGGGCGUCAUGAGUGCUAUCAAUGGAACAACAACGAUUAAAGAUUUACCACAGACAGAAUGUGUUCUCAAACUUGCAUUUCGCGCACUUUUUGAUGGUCGCACAACAAUGGAACCAUGGUUGGCAGAUUCUUUUGCCUUGCUUUUUCCAGAAGUUUGCGAAAGUACCAGUACAAUACUAUUAACUGCGUUUUCUGAGCAAAAAAUUAAGAGCACCACUCGAAAUCAUCAAAAGUUAUUCGACGAGGAAGUACAUCCGAGGAGGGAACCGAUGCUUCUCGCACAAAUGGCCGCACAUACACUCAAGCGCGCUAUGAUGGAAAGCAAUGAUUACGCGGAUACCGUAGUCAAUGCGCUCUCUGCGGCUCGCGUGACUAUUGAAGGGUGCAUCCACAAUCUCGAACGCUUUAUCGAUAUUGCAAAGAGCGCAAACAUGGACGCAGCAUGCUACGCCAACGAAAACGUCGAAGCAUUUCACUUUGUGACCGUCAACAUGAUUGUUAUUUGGAUGCUAAAAAACUCAUCUCCAUCAGCACAAAGCUUUCGUGAGGCUUGUGUCGUGUUUUCCGGGGCGUCGUUAGUCCAUUCUUCUCUGCGCUUCACGGCGCUUCGUACAGUCCUUGGUAACAGUGCCGAAGGAGAAGAUUGUGACGACAAUGAAAGACAACAUCACCAUCCGUGCUUUUUGCUUUAG